CCAGCCAGGGGAUUCACAUUAUUUAUAACCAGAGCAGCAGCGCAAUGUCAGUAAACAAAGCAGAGAGAAAAGAGAACGUUUUUUGUUUGUUUGUUUUUUGUUUUGUUUUUUAAUAUUCAUAAAAGGAACACGCCUGCCUGCUUGCCUAUACUUACUGCGUGACUUUUGGAAUUCACCCUUUAAUCCAACGAGAGAGAUGUCAUAACUAAAAUGGGACGAUGUGUAUUUUACUUUAUGUUUGAUAUCACCCACUCAAAAAGCCCCGUAUUCUUUCCUACUACAUGGCACAGCAUGUUUCUCUUCUGUUCCUAGUGCCGCUAUUGAAAAAAAAAAACUGUGACGUUGUCCUGGACAAAAUAAUUACAUGAGCGCUUGGGUUGCAUCGUAUUAUAAUAAAGGACCGACGCGAGUAACGUGGGAAACAGAGGAGAAUAUUAAACUAAGGAAAACAUUGCUGCUUGCAAUGCAUCUCGUAGUAAAAGGGUGAUGUUGGUGCUGCAGCGGAAACCAGGAGAAGCGGAUGCAAGGAUUUAAAUAAAUAAGAAAUGAGGCGUCUCAGGGAGCCGAGUUGUAGAGGAUAUCUCGCACCUAAAAAAAGGUUGGUUAAAAUUACAACCCCCCAAAAUAGGAAAAUCCCGUAAUACCUCGGAAUUGCUUCGUAACCCCUCCUAAACUGCGUGCCUGGACUAAAGGGAGUGUUACACACUACAGUGCAGCAAGACAGCAGCCGUGACUCCAAAACAGCGGAUGGAUGGAUCCUGAGAUAACACACCUGGGGUUCAAAACUGGCACUACUGGGUUUACACAAAAGAAGGACACAGGACGAUUUUUUAAAAUCUUGAAGUGUUGCGCAGAGUAUUCUUGUUAUUCGCUUGGGUCUUCAGAGAAGUCGCCGCCCAACUCCCCUAGCCCUCCCUCCUCUACCGUCCUCAAUUCAGAAACAGGCCCCUUCAAACCGCAAACCCAACCCAUUUGCUCUAAAUCCCAAUUUGACCUGCUUGUUAUCACGUCCCCUUUUAUAUUACAUCCCAUCUCUUUAAGCCUGACACCUUUAUCAAGCCCGACUCCUACGGUCUCACACACCUUGCCUCAGCGAUUCAGUGGACCCCCCACUGUCCACUCCCUGCGCUCCCCUCGCUCUGAAUGGCCAUGGCAGCCUCUGCGCGGGAGCACCUGCAGUACGUGCGCCGUCGCAAUCCCCAGAUGCGCUACACGCUGAGCCCGGAGAACCUGCAGAGUCUGGCUGCCCAGAAUGCAGGCCCUGCCGAGCCAAUGGGCUUCCAGCGCGCCAACAGCGACACGGACCUGGUCACCUCCGACAGCCGCUCCUCGCUCACCGCCAGCACCUACGAGUUCACGCUCGGCCUGGCGCAGGACCUCAUCAUCUCCUGGGACAUCAAGGAGGAGGUGGAUGCCACGGACUGGAUCGGCCUGUACCACAUCGAUGAGAACUGCCCCUCAAAUGUGUGGGACUCGAAGAACCGCGGGGUGAACGGCACCCAGAAGGGGCAGAUUGUGUGGCGGCUGGAGCCUGGGCCAUACUUCAUGGAGCCUGAAAUAAAGAUCUGUUUCAAGUAUUACCACGGGGUGAGCGGUGCUCUCCGCGCAACGACGCCCUGCAUCACUGUCAAGAACCCUGGGGUGGUGGUGGGAGUGGAGGGGCUGGCUGAAGGAGACAUGGUCACACAGCCCUGUCGGAAACUCGUCAGCUUCACACUGUCAGAUCUCCGAGCCCUGGGCUUGAAGAAGGGCAUGUUCUUUAACCCCGACCCGUACCUGAAGAUGUCCAUCAAGCCAGGAAAGAAGAUCUCCUUCCUCACCUUCGCCCACCAUGGCCAGGAGAGACGGUCCACCAUCAUCGCCAACACCACCAACCCAGUGUGGCGCGGCGAGAAGUAUUCCUUUGUGGCCUUGCUCACUGACGUGUUGGAGAUUGAGGUGAAGGACAAGUUCGCCAAGAGCCGACCGAUUAUCAAGCGCUUCCUGGGGAAACUUGUCAUCCCAGUCCAGAGACUGCUGGAGAGGAACGCCGCUGGGGAUCAGGUCCUGAGCUACAUGCUUUGCCGGCGGCUCCCCACGGACCAUGUGAGCGGGCAGCUGCAGUUCAGAGUGGAGAUCACCUCCUCUGUGCAUGAAGACGCCUCUCCGGACACCAUGGGCACUUUCCUGGUGGCAGCGACGGUGAACGGGGACCCGGAGAGCCCCUCUGAUGAUGAUGACCUGCCGGGGGACCAUCCUACGGCCAGGGGCCCAUCCCCCACAUGUACGGAGGGGUCUCAGCCGGGGGAGGCAGCCCCCCAGCCCUUCUCCAGCGAGACCGGGGGGAGAGAGGAGGAGGAGGAGCAGGAGGAACGGCCACAGCCGGCAGAGAGCGAGUCCCCGACCCACUGCAACCAGACCGUGCGGCAGGAAUCCUUCACCGACUGCCUGGACGCUCUGGAUCCCAAACCGGGGGCCAGGGUCAGGGCAGCAGGCCCCAGUGAGAGGCCCAUCGGCGGGGCCUCCCCCAAACUGAGGAGCAGCUUCCCUACGGACACGCGGCUCAGCGCCAUGCUGCACAUCGACUCAGACGAGGAGGACGAGCAGCUAGAGGAGGAGGGGGCGCCGCUGGAGGGGGGGCUGCUGAUGCUGAACGGGGAGAUGCGGCAGCUCAGUGGCAGCAGGGAGGCCAAGGGGGAGGGAGAGGAGGAGGAGGAGGAGGAGGAAGAGGAGGAGGAGGAGGGUGUGGGCAGUCUGCACCAGCUCCUGGAAAGACUGCCCUCCACACACCUGCUCGGGGACGACGAGGCGGAGGAGAGGGAGUCCGGAGCUAUGCAGGACCAGGACAGUGAGACCACGGAGGGGGCGGUCAGCUUGGGGAACGGCACUGCCCACCUGUCAUCCAUGGCCUGCUCCUCCUCCUUUGAGAGCACACGCUUCCCAGCCUUCUUCUCACAGGAGGAGGAGGACGGGGAUGCAGCGGCCACUGCAGAUCCAGGGGGAGGGGCUUCCUCUGAGGCCACACACCCUGCAUCCUCUGACACCAUUGAUGAGGAGGGAGGGGCCUGUGGGGGGGCGGUAGGUGGGGAGGAGCCUCAGCCAACUGUCUCAGCCAGUGAGGAAGAGGGAGAGGAGAUUCGGCAGAGGAGGCGGAGCAUGCAGGCAGCAGGCGGCGAGUCUCUGGAAGGGGAAGUGAGGUCAGCAGGGACUGUGGCAGAGGCAGGGGCAGACGGGUCUGAAGACUCGGGUCAGGGAGCAGUGGAGACAGACCGAGACGCAGACUCCCAGUCGAAUGAACACCAGCCCAUGCGCUCCCUGCCUUCCGUGCGGCAGGAGAUGGGCCGGUACCAGCGGGUGGACGAGUCACUGCCUCCCAACUGGGAGGCGCGCAUCGACAGCCACGGGCGCAUUUUCUACGUGGACCACGUGAACCGGACCACCACGUGGCAGAGGCCCACCACGCCGGCCGCCUCCCAGGUCCUGCAGAGAUCCGACUCCAUACAGCAGAUGGAGCAGCUGAACCGCAGGUACCAGAGUAUCCGCAGGACCAUAACCAAUGAUCGCUCGGAGGACCAGGCUCCAGAGGCUCCCCCUGAGGACAGUGACCUGAUGCACUACACUAUCCCAGAGUACCGGCGUGACAGCACCCUGCCCCCCUCCAGCUCGCGCUCCCGCCUCUCCCUGCUGCUGCAGUCCCCCUCCGUCAAGUUCCUGACCAGCCCCGAGUUCUUCACCAUGCUGCAUUCCAACCCUAGUGCCUAUCGUAUGUUUACAAGCAACACGUGUCUGAAACACAUGAUCACCAAGGUGCGCCGAGACACGCACUACUUCGAGCGCUACCUGCACAACCGUGACCUGGUGACGUUCCUCAACAUGUUUGCCAACAAGCAGCUGGAGCUGCCACGUGGCUGGGAGAUGAAACACGACCACCAGGGCAAGCCCUUCUUCGUUGAUCACAACUGUCGCAGCACGACCUUCAUCGACCCCCGGCUCCCCCUGCAGAGCAGCCGCCCCACCAGCGUGCUGGCACACCGGCAACACCUGACCCGGCAGCGCAGCCACAGCGCAGGAGAGGUGAGCACGCGCCACCUGGUUGCCGAUGAAUCUCGGCACUCGGGCCCCCCGCUUCUGCCACGCCCAUCCAGCACCUUCAACACAGUGAACCGGAACCAGUACCAGGACCUGGUGCCAGUGGCCUACAAUGAUAAAAUUGUGGCAUUUCUGAGACAGCCCAACAUCUUCGAGAUCCUGCAGGAGAGGCAGCCGGAGCUCGUCAGGAACCACCCACUCAGGGAGAAGGUGCAGUUCAUCCGCAGUGAGGGCACCACAGGGCUGCUGAGACUCUCCAGCGAUGCAGACCUGGUCAUGCUGCUCAGUCUGUUUGAAGAAGAGGUGAUGUCAUACGUUCCUCCACACACCUUACUGCAUCCCAGCUACUGUCAGUCACAGCGGGGCUCGCCAGUCUCCUCCCCACAGAACUCUCCAGGUACCCAGAGAGCCAACGCCCGUGCCCCUGCACCCUACAAGAGAGACUUUGAGGCCAAACUGCGCAACUUCUACCGGAAACUGGAGACCAAGGGCUACGGACAGGGGCCGGGGAAGUUAAAGCUUAUCAUUCGGAGAGAUCACCUGCUGGAAGACGCCUUCAAUCAGAUCAUGGGCUACUCCCGCAAGGACCUGCAGAGGAACAAGCUCUACGUCACCUUUGUGGGAGAGGAAGGGCUGGAUUACAGCGGCCCCUCGCGGGAGUUCUUCUUCCUGGUGUCCCGGGAGCUGUUUAAUCCGUACUACGGCCUGUUUGAGUACUCGGCUAACGACACCUACACCGUGCAGAUCAGCCCCAUGUCUGCCUUCGUGGACAACCAUCACGAGUGGUUCCGGUUCAGUGGCCGUAUCCUGGGCCUGGCUCUCAUUCACCAGUACCUGCUGGACGCCUUCUUCACAAGACCCUUCUACAAGGGGCUGCUGAGGAUCCCCUGUGAGCUGAGUGAUCUGGAGUACCUGGACGAGGAGUUCCACCAGAGCCUGCAGUGGAUGAAGGACAACGACAUCAACGACAUGCUGGACCUCACCUUCACCGUCAACGAGGAGGUCUUCGGACAGAUCACUGAGCGUGAGCUGAAGCCAGGGGGCGCUAACAUCUCUGUGUCAGAGAAGAACAAGAAGGAGUACAUCGAGCGCAUGGUGAAGUGGAGGAUCGAGAGGGGCGUGGUGCAGCAGACUGAGAGCAUGGUCCGUGGCUUCUACGAGGUGGUGGAUGCCCGACUGGUGUCAGUGUUCGAUGCCCGGGAGCUGGAGCUGGUGAUUGCCGGCACAGCGGAGAUCGACCUGAGUGACUGGAGGAGCAACACGGAAUACAGAGGAGGUUACCAUGACAGCCACAUUGUGAUCCGGUGGUUCUGGGCAGCAGUGGAGCGGUUCAAUAAUGAGCAGAGGCUCCGGCUGUUGCAGUUUGUGACAGGCACCUCCAGCAUCCCCUACGAGGGCUUUGCUUCUCUGCGUGGGAGCAACGGACCCAGGAGGUUCUGUGUGGAGAAGUGGGGCAAGAUUACCUCGCUACCCAGAGCUCACACCUGUUUUAACCGGCUGGACCUGCCUCCCUACCCCUCCUUCUCAAUGCUGUAUGAGAAGAUGCUGACUGCGGUGGAGGAGACGAGCACCUUUGGCCUGGAGUGAGACCCUCCCCACCCCACCUCACUUCACCCUGCCUCCCUGCCACACACUGAUGGGUACCUAAGGAUGCCUGGAGCUCAGCAGGGACAUUCAGGAUGGACCUUCCUGGAGGGGCGUCUGACAGGCUUCAGUGGAGGAGGGAGCUCUGGGGAAGAGGGGGGGGGGGGAUUUUGGAUUAACAAAGCCUGACCUCAACUGAGGAGCAUAAGCCAUUCUAAGAAAAUAUGGGAUUAGGAUGCAGGAUUCAGGAGAUAGGGUUUUGGAUUCAGAAAGGGGGAUUGGAAGACUGCUGGAGGGAAUUCCUGCAAAGUCGUUGCUCCCAAGACCACUGUUCAGGAAGCUUGCAAUACACUCAAGAAAAGACAAGCUGGGAUUGGCUAGUACUGAAGGACACUCCUCUCUCCUCAAUAUCAACCAACUGGGAAUCAAAGAACAUACACCUCCACAAAUCACAGGAGAAAUGAAAGAAAGAAUACACAUAUUUCAAUAUUUAAAAUAUGUAUCUUUUAAAUAUUAAACACACACACACACAUAUAUAUACACACACAAAAAUUAGUUAUGAGUAAAGCUACCCUAUUGACAUGGUCAGGCGUAUUAUGAUUUAAUUAUUAUAUAUAUAUAUAAUAUAUAUAUAUAUAUAAACAAAAUUUUACAAGACUGGAUAAUCUCUAUAGCUUUGAGCUUUGACACACACAUGCACACGCACACACUGGACUGCUACUUGCAUAUAACCCUAGUACUAUUGAAUGUAUAUCAUGAAACAAUCCUAUGUGAAUGCUAUCUGAAGGAAUGAUUUUAUUUGGCUAAUACCCUUACUGCACUGUACUGUAGAGGCCCCCUCCUCUGUCUCACACUGUGCUUUGCAGGUGUGUUCGAGGGGAGCUUACUCUGAGAUUGGGGUCCUGAACUGUUUACCCACCGCACUUCAGAUGAUCAUUUUGGACUUGGACUGACUCAAGGACGAUCCUUUAGGAUCUUUUACGUUCAUUCCAGAGCAUCCUUUCUUUUCGACUUUCCUCGAUGUAACAGGUCACCCUCACACGCAGCGCCUUGCUCUUUUAAACAGUGACUGGCACUGCCCAGCAGCAACCCUGGAGGACAGAUCACAGGGUCACCCCCAAGACUGUGCUCUCAUUGCUGCUGCUGAAAGGUCUGGCGUCUCUGCACUGGCACACUGCAUUUAUUGUAGCACUUAAAAAAGAAUGUUAUGUUAGUAAGGGGUGUCCACAGGUUAAGUGGCUGAAUGUUCUAUUAAUAGAAUGAAUUGUGGGUGUGGGUGUGGGUGUGGGUGUGUGUGUCUGGGAGGGGGUGGGUACACAUGUAAGAAAGUCUCUGGUGGAAUCUUCUAUACAGGAAAUGCGCUGGACUGAAGGGCAGGGGGGAGGUGGAAAACCUGAUGAUAGGGUCCCAUUCCUCAAGGCCACACCCCCUCUAACAAGCUUUCUACAUGCUUUAAAGAACUCUGUUUCUUUCUGUGAGACUCUGUUUGUGUAUGUGUGUGUGUGUAAGUGCAUCCCUGCUAAAGAAUUGAGGAUGUUGUGUGUGUGUGUGUGUGUGUAUAUACACACACACACACAUCAAUAAAGGGAGGGCAAAAAUGACAGCACUGGAUUAAGGAAUCAUAAAUUAUACUAUACUGUAAUGCCCUCACUAACAUAGUAAAGUGAACACGCAUGUGUAUGUAUGUAUGUGUGUGUUUUCUGGUCAGUGGUUUGAGUGUCUCUGUAUGCCCCAAAACACUGCAACAGUCUUCAUCCUCUGCCUAAACCCCAGUACUGCUGCUCUCCUCAUCAUCAUGGCUGCUUCACUGAACAAUUGAACAUUUGACACUGUAAAAAAUAUAGUGGUAGUUUUAGACUACAGAUGCUGUAGAUUCUUCUACUUCAGAUUCAGAGCUGUGGAACAGGAAUUCUAUUGGCGCCUGUGCUCUCUGCUGAAGUGAAUUGGUUAUGCUGUACAGUUUCCACAGGAUUCUACAGCGUUUAAACCAUUUGAGUGCUAUUUGGGUUCAAGAAUGGCUAGUAGGUCUGUACUAGGACACUGACUGGUGUGUCUGUGGUAGAAUGGGAUCCAGUCACAGGGUUGUACUGUGAGAUUACAGGAAGGGGUGCCAAAGCUAAAACAAGGACAAACUGGAAACACACGGCCACAAUUCUACUGGAGCAAAACACUGCUCUGAACUAAGAGAUUUCACAACUUAAACUGCAUGAUGAACAAAAAAAAAAACACUGAAAGAAAACAAACAUAAAUGUUAGAACUCAAUAGAGCAUCCCGGAGUAUGAGCACUAAGACUACAGUCCUGGGUCAGGGUCCACAGUCAGGGUCCUGCCCGCUGGCCUGUGUGCUCAGGGUCCACAGUCAGGGUCUUGCCCGCUGGCCUGUGUGCUCAGGGUCCACAGUCAGGGUCCUGCCCGCUGGCCUGUGUGCUCACGGUCCACAGUCAGGGUCCUGCCCGCUGGCCUGUGUGCUCAGGGUCCACAGUCAGGGUCCUGCCCGCUGGCCUGUGUGCUCAGGGUCCACAGUCAGGGUCCUUCCCGCUGGCCUGUGUGCUCACGGUCCACAGUCAGGGUCCUGCCCGCUGGCCUGUGUGCUCAGGGUCCACAGUCAGGGUCCUGCCC